CAUUGUUCGUUCUGAAAACAAGUAAAAAAAAACCUAAACCACUAUGAAAACCUUUGUGGCUCUGUUCGCUCUCGUGGCUGUGGCCACCGCCGGCCCUCUGCCCCUCGUGCAGAUCAUCGUGAACGUGGAUGCUCCCGCCAAGCCUGAGGAUGUUCUCCCCGCACCCGUUGUCCCCCAACCCGAACCCAUCGUUCUUCCCACCCCCGUUGUUAUCCCCUCCCCCACUGAACCUGAGGUAGUCCCUGGCCCUGCCCCCGUGGUGCUCCCAGCUCCCAUUCUCCCCGAGGUAGUCCCUGCCCCCGUGGUUCUCCCCGCUCCCGCUCUUCCUGAGGUGGUCCCCGCCCCCGUGGUUCUCCCUUCGCCAGCUCUCCCUGAGGUGAACCCUGCCCCCGUGGUUCUACCCGCUCCCGCUCUCCCUGAGGUGGUCCCUGCCCCCGUGGUGCUCCCCUCUCCUGCUCAGCCUGAGGUAGUCCCAGCUCCUGAACCGGUGGUUCUCCCCUCACCUGCUCAGCCUGAGGUAAUCCCAGCCCCCGCUGUCGUUCUCCCCGAUGAGCUCAACUAAACGAACAAUGAAGAACUCGUCUGCUGACUUGCGACCACCAGCACCAAAGCCGAAAUGUCGGCGAUGAAGACACAAUAUAAUUCGUGUUCAGGCAGACAAAAAAUGUGGCGUUACACCACUAGUCACCUAUUUACAGUGUAAAAUUGUAUCUUAUGGAGUUUCUUGCCGGUUCUUCUCCAUAAGAAUGAAAUUUUUGAACCGCGCAAUUAGUCAUCAAGUUUCUUAAAUACCUGUUUUAGGUUUACAAGAAAUAAAAAUAUUUUAUAAGAAAAA